UACUAAAUUUUAGAAUCUAGAGUAGAUAUACUCAUAUAGACUAUUAACAUGCAAUGACAUUGGACUAUUAAUUAGUAGAGAGAGAGUAUUCUUGUAGUUUAUGGUCUAUUCUGUGUCUAUUCUGUACUAGUCUAGUUGUACUAGCUACUCAUUUCUAGACUAUACUGAGAUUACUGGUUAUUAGAUCUAGAUUUAUAAUUAAAAAUAUAUUUAUAUACUCUACAGUCUACAGUCUACAGUGAUCUAAUCUAGAUCUAUUAUCUAUAUAGAAUCUAUCUAUAAUCUAGAUUCUAAUUCUAGGCUAAAACUAGAAAUAGAGUUUAAUACUCUAAUAUUUAAGUAAUAUUAGAUCCGUUAUUAUGGCAUCUUUAUUGAAACAUUGGAGAGACUCUUCCAGUUUAAUUAUAGCAUCCAAAAAACUAUCUAUGCCAAUACCAAGGCAGACCUUUGCCAAUAAAUUGCUAAAAAAGCUACCAGAAGUUGCAGAAAAUACAAAUGAAGAAUUCCUCAGAGUGUUACUUUUAAAAAGACAUGGAAAUAAUUCUUUUAUGCCAAAUACAUUUGUUUUUCCUGGUGGCAUGAUUAAUGAGAAUGACUUUUCAGAAGAAUGGUUAGAUAUCACAGGCUGUACACAAGAUAAAAUGGAGCUCUUUACAAAAGGACGUAAGGGUCCAAACAUUUUCACAAGAGAAAGGCAGACCAAACUUCCUAAUGAAAUAGGCUUCAGAAUAACAGCAAUUCGAGAAACAUUUGAAGAAUCAGGAGUUUUGCUUGCUAGACCACUCUCAGAUUUAAAAGAUCUAGUACACUUAAGCUCAUCCAGUCAUCACCCUUUUGGAGCAACGUAUUGUAACAUCCCAAUCAAGACCAGUAUGUCUUGGCGAAAUAAAAUUAUUUCUGACCCAUCAAAAUUUAUCUCAAUGUGUAAAGAGUUGGAGAUUACGCCUGACAUUUGGUCUCUAUAUGAAUGGUCCAACUGGUUGACUCCACCUCUAAAAGGAUCACGGUUUGACACAGCUUUUUUCAUUUGCUGUGUAGAUGAAGCACCACUAGUCUAUGACUCAAAUGAAACAGAAGAAGGUGUUUGGUUAAGUCCAUCAGGGACUUUAAAAGCCUGUGCUGAAGAAAUUGUUGCAUUGGCACCGCCUCAAAUUUAUGAGCUGUCUCGGUUAAAACAUUUCACAAAUAUUGAUGAGUUGCUAUCAGUGGCUUGGACAAAUUCAUUUUAUCGUUCUGAACAGUGGAUGCCUGUCAUUUUGCAGAGCCAGGACUGUUUGAUAUUCGCUUUACCAGGUGAUGACUUGUACCCCAGUGACCCAGAUCUCACAGGUGAAGUGGCCUCCUGCCCAAUGAUCAGAACAGAGACUUUAGAUGAACUUCAGGUUUUAUUUCCACAUCACAACAGAAUAGUUCUUCACAGAGACAAACAAAUGUCACUCUACUGCAAUCUCCAUGACCUUCCUGGAUACUUAAUGCCUCAACAGUUUAACACAACACCAAAAACAAUAGCCGUAUAAAAGCUAUACAUUCAUUGGACAAUAGUUUUGAUGACAUCUUAGGCAUCUGGCUUUAUGCACAUUGGACAAUGUUUCUGAUGAAAGCAUUGAUGUAUGCUGGUGCAAUCAUUCAGACAUGUGAUGACAAUAAGAAUUGGAUUCAUUCAUUGGCAGAAUAACAAAGAGACAUUGUCACUAUAAAUAGGAAAUUGUUUAUUAAUCUGUGUAUCUUUGAAAUAUAAACAAAUGAUUCAGCAUUGUUAGCGUUAUUAUUACUUUCUAUAUCCACAAACAAUGGCUGUCAAAAUAUGAACAAAAAAAAUUGAUUUCUUUUUAGCAACAAAGACAACUUACAAGAAGACAACAAACAUUAUGCAUAAAAAUUUCACAUUUUUAUAUAUAUAAAAAAAACAACCAAAAAAAAAAACCCUAAAAUUUUAAUAAAAGGAAGUGGAUAUAAAAAUGUUAGCAUUCAUUAUUGACAUAUAGGUCAGUUCAUUAUUAGUUAUUCUGUUUCAGACUACACUUGUAAACAAGUUGUUCGGGGGGGGGGGGGGGGAUGUUAAAUAAUUUACUUGACUACAGAUACUCUAAAUAAAGUAUGUAGUUUUCUUUAAUAACACUAAUUUUUCUUCUCUACAGCUUAUCUUACAAACUGCAAACUUGUAUAAUUUUUUUUUUUUCAAAUCAUUGCAUAGUCCAACUUAUUUCUUUAGUUACUUAAUUAUAUUUUUGUAAUACCCGUGUUUAUCAUACACAUUUGAAAAAAAAAAAAGGAAAAA